UCUCCCCGGCGCAGGGCGCUGAGGAGGGAGAGGCAGGGCGUUCGCAGCGCCCCACGCCCGCAGCGGCCUCACGGCAGCGCCUGCGCCCUCCCCAGCCCGUGCGCGGGAGCCGCGGGGGCAAAGGCGCGGCGGUAGGACCAGCGCUCGCUCGGCACCCGCCUCGCUGGCUCUCAGCGCUCCUACAAGCGCCAGCUCCAGCUCUCCGAGAUGAAGAAGCUCCAGGGAGCUCACCUCCGCAAGCCUGUCACCCCAGACCUGCUGAUGACUCCCAGUGACCAGGGCGAUGUGGACUUGGAUGUGGACUUUGCAGCAGACAGGGGCAACUGGACGGGCAAGCUGGACUUUUUGCUGUCCUGUAUCGGCUACUGUGUGGGCUUGGGCAAUGUCUGGCGGUUUCCCUACCGAGCCUACACCAAUGGAGGCGGAGCCUUCCUUGUUCCCUACUUCCUCAUGCUGGCCAUCUGUGGCAUCCCCCUCUUCUUUCUUGAGCUCUCUCUGGGCCAGUUCUCCAGCCUGGGACCCCUGGCUGUCUGGAAAAUCAGCCCCCUCUUCAAAGGUGCCGGUGCGGCCAUGCUGCUCAUCGUAGGCCUGGUGGCCAUCUACUACAACAUGAUCAUCGCCUACGUCCUCUUCUACCUCUUCGCCUCCCUCACCAGCGACCUGCCCUGGGAGCACUGUGGCAACUGGUGGAACACUGAGCGCUGCCUGGAGCACAGAGGCCCCAAGGAGGGCAACGGGGCGCUGCCCCUUAACCUCAGCAGCACUGUCAGCCCCAGUGAGGAGUACUGGAGCCGCUACGUCCUGCACAUUCAGGGCAGCCAGGGCAUCGGCCAACCUGGGGAGAUUCGCUGGAACCUCUGCCUCUGCCUGCUGCUGGCCUGGGUCAUCGUGUUCCUCUGUAUCCUCAAGGGGGUGAAGUCCUCGGGCAAGGUGGUGUACUUCACAGCCACCUUUCCCUACCUCAUCCUGCUCAUGCUGUUAGUUCGAGGCGUGACCCUUCCCGGGGCCUGGAAGGGCAUCCAGUUCUAUCUCACGCCCCAGUUUCACCACCUGUUGUCUUCCAAGGUGUGGAUUGAAGCUGCUCUUCAGAUCUUUUACUCCCUGGGAGUGGGUUUUGGGGGUCUUCUCACCUUUGCCUCCUACAACACUUUCCACCAGAACAUCUACAGAGACACCUUCAUUGUCACUGUGGGCAAUGCCAUCACCAGUAUCCUGGCUGGCUUCGCUAUCUUCUCGGUGCUGGGCUACAUGUCUCAGGAACUGGGUGUGCCUGUGGACCAAGUGGCCAAAGCAGGCCCUGGCCUGGCCUUUGUUGUCUACCCACAGGCCAUGACUAUGCUGCCCCUGUCACCUUUCUGGUCCUUCCUCUUCUUCUUCAUGCUCCUGACUCUUGGCUUGGAUAGCCAGUUUGCCUUUUUAGAGACCAUAGUGACUGCAGUGACAGACGAGUUCCCAUACUACCUGCGGCCCAAGAAGGCAGUGUUCUCGGGCCUCAUCUGCGUGGCCAUGUACCUGAUGGGACUGAUCCUCACCACCGAUGGGGGGAUGUACUGGCUGGUCCUCCUGGAUGACUACAGUGCCAGCUUCGGACUCAUGGUGGUGGUGAUCACCACGUGCCUUGCUGUCACCCGGGUGUACGGUACCCAGAGAUUCUGCCGAGACAUCCACAUGAUGCUGGGCUUCAAGCCAGGCCUCUACUUCAGGGCCUGCUGGCUGUUUCUGUCCCCAGCCACACUCCUGGCCUUGCUGGUAUACAGCAUCGUCAAGUACCAGCCCUCGGAGUACGGCAGCUAUCGCUUCCCUGCUUGGGCCGAGCUGCUAGGCAUCCUGAUGGGCCUGCUUUCCUGCCUCAUGAUCCCAGCUGGCAUGCUGGUGGCUGUGCUUCGAGAGGAGGGUUCACUCUGGGAGCGGCUUCAGCAAGCCAGCCGGCCGGCUAUAGACUGGGGCCCAUCACUGGAAGAGAACCGGACGGGCAUGUAUGUGGCCACACUGGCUGGGAGCCAGUCACCAAAGCCGCUGAUGGUACAUAUGCGCAAAUACGGAGGCAUCACCAGCUUCGAGAACACGGCCAUUGAGGUGGACCGCGAGAUUGCAGAGGAAGAGGAAGAGUCCAUGAUGUGAAACUGAAGACUACCCAACAGGAGGGACGGUCAGGGCCUCACAGUCCCUUCCUUGGGGGCCUGCAGGGGACAGCUCUGCCUGCUGGGAUUCUGAGAGGCAGUUGGAGGUUGCUACAGCAAUGUCAGUCCCCAGUAUAAGUCCCUCUUUGUGGCCUCUGCCUCUCCUGGGAUCUCUAUCUAGAUGGACACACACACACUCAGUAGUCCAAUCAAAGCUGAAAUGAUCCGGCUCAGCCCUCACUUUGCAAAGGGAUGUGUUGAAGCCAGGAAGGGAAGAGCUGGCCCAAGGUCACAUGCCCAAGAGGACUUGUUCCUAAGCCACCAGGCAGCCAACUCCCUUCCUCUUGGGGCAGUGGGCACCAUAUUUGAUAUCUUUGUUCAAACAUUUUGACAAGACAUAUUUCCACAUAAACCAACGUUAAACCUGGGGCUCCAGGUAGUGAGAAGCCUGGAGGGUUCCAAGGCCCCAGACAUAGUAGUAAGUGAAUUAGACAGAAAAAGCUAUGUGGGUUCCUAUGUUAAGGUCAAGUUUCCCAGAAGAGGGAGCUGGGGGGAUGUGAAGGAUUGCAGAACAGACAGGAGGGGGUGCUUUGGGGCCAGUGCUGCCCCUGAGCCAGGAGGAGGCCAACCUUCCAGAGCAGAGACCAAGGAUGGCUGGAGAUGGUGAUGCUCGCAGGUUAUGAGAAAUAGCAGGGAGGGGGAGCCAGAAAGGCAGGUGGGGGGGCUUGCAUGGCACUGCAUAUCACUUUAGGUCUGUUGAGGGUGGACCAGGGGCAGGUAUAGAGACGGGAGGCUUCUGAAGGACAGACGAGAGGUCCUAGUGGCUGGAGUUAGGCACUAGGGUGGGAGUACACAGGCAGAACCCACCCUUCACCACGUGGACGUUGUGCCUUGGGCUGGCAGGAGGCCCAAGGAGCACCCGCCAUGGAGGUAGGAAUGAAGGCUGCAGUUAGAAUCCUUUUCCUCCCAUCCCUGUGGCUUCCGAUGACAAAGACAGCCAAGCCACAGAGAUGGUCCGUAUAAGACAUACGUCCUGAUGCUGCAGGGCUCCUGGCAUGAGGGUAGCCUCUGUCCUGGGCCUCCGAGAGAUGGCAUUCGGGUGUGGCUGCCAGGUGUCCCGCCAUUGCUUUUCCCAGCAGAGCAGGGCACUUUCAUGCAACACAGUGAGUGGCCUUUGUGCCCGCCUCAUCCUGGCAUCUCCCCGGCCCAUUUGUGUUCUGCUGGCUGAUUGUCAAUAAAUACCAAGUGAGGUCA